AUGAAUAGCAACAAACUAAUAAAAACUUAGUAAAACAAUUAAUCCUAAGGGAAGGAGGAAUCCACUAGACAUCUAAGUGAGAUCUUAGGAAUGAAAUACACCCAAAUUAAGUAACCUCCUUAUUAAACUAUCAACUUUAGAAGCCUUAGAUAAAGGUUUGGAUUAAUUUAAGAUAAAUUUCCUUUACCACUUAAAUUUGAAUAAUUAUUAAAAACCAUGAGAACUAUCGAGAUUACUUAUUGGAAGAAAUAAAAACCUAUCACUUAUGAAUUUAAAACUAAUGCUUUCAGGAUCUUAUAAAUUAGAUAAUUAUUAAAACUUGAUAUAGAGCUUUAUUAAAUUAAAAUUGCAGAAAAAUCUGUUUAAAUUGUUCCUAAAGAUGUUCUAAUUCAAAAUUUACCUUCAUUUAAACCGUUUGUUCAUUAGUUACCUUCUGUCUUUGAAAGUAGAAUAACAAGAGUCAGAAAUAUUUUAGAUAAGUUAGUGCAAACUGUUCAUGAAAAUUACCUCCAUAUUAUAAACUAAUAGGAUUUUAAAGAACAAUCAAUUAAAUUCAAAAUUUAUCAUCCUACAUUUGAUUUAAACUUAGUCCCAGAUAUCCUUCCAUUAUAAGUACCACUACAAAUAUAUACUGAAGAAGAAAAAGUUUAACUUCAACAAAUAAUCGAAAAUACUAUUUAAUAUUUUAAUAAACGAGCAGUCUCUUUUAUGUUCUACCAUAACUUAAUUAAUUAUUUGUUAAGUAAAAUAGAAAUGAAUAAAGAUAAAAUGGUUAAAUAAAUUCAUUUUUUGAUGGAAAUUCAGCCAGAUUUUUUACAGAUAACAAAUUAAAAAAAAGAAUAACUCAGAGUAAAAUGGAUAAUAUAAAUUAAUAAAUAAAGCACUGUAGAAAAUUAAAUUCAUUAAUUGAAAAACUUAUUUUUAUUGAUUUGA